AUGCACCAAUUAUUACCGUCAAAUAUAAUCGCUUUUAUGUUAUUAUUUUCAAUUUGCUUUUUCCAACCUUCAAAUGCCGCGAUGCCUAUUCAUGUUAAUGGUUCAAGGUUUAUUCAGCCUGCAGAUUCAAUAAAUGACCCCGCUACCAAUAAAGUAUUCUUCAUCAAGGGUAUUGAUUAUCAACCAGGUGGCUCUUCAGGUUAUAAUAGUAAAUCCAACUCCGAUGCUUUGUCAAAUGUUGAUAUAUGUUUAAGAGACACAUUUGCCUUUCAACAGUUGGGUAUUAAUACUAUUAGGGUCUAUGCUUUAAAUCCAGAUCUAAAUCAUGAUGAAUGUAUGAGUGUUUUGAAUAAAGCAGGUAUUUAUUUAAUUCUUGAUGUUAAUGGGCCAAACUAUGGGGAAAAUUUAAAUAGGGCUGACCCAAGCAACACCUAUAAUGCUGCUUAUUUAACUCGCAUUUUUAAAUUCAUUGAAGCUUUUAAAAAUUACCCAAAUGUUUUGGGGUUUUUUUCUGGUAAUGAGGUUAUUAAUGAUGAAAGUAAUUAUGCUUCUGUUGACCCUGCAUAUAUAAGAGCUAUUCAAAGAGAUAUGAAACAAUACAUUGCAAAGCAUAGUAAUAGAUCUAUACCAGUAGGUUAUUCAGCUGCUGAUAAUACAAACUUAAGAUUAGCCACAUAUGCAUAUUUACAAUGUAAUUCUAUCGAUGGCAAGCUGCUCAAUAGAGUACUACAAGAAAGUAGUUCCGAUUUUUUUGGCCUAAACAGUUACCAAUGGUGUUCCGGUGGUGGGUCUGCUUCCUGGCAAUCUUCCGGUUAUGCCAUUCUAAAUUCUAGUUUUUCUUCCCUUUUGCAUAGCCCAAUUUUAUUCUCUGAAUACGGUUGCAAUUCUAAUCCACCAAGAACUUUUACUGAGGUUUCCCAGGGUGUUUACAAUGGCUUGAUUAACACCUUUUCUGGUGGCUUGGUGUAUGAAUACUCAGAGGAGAAUAAUAAUUAUGGAAUGGUGAAAAUAAACCCAAAUGAUAAUAGUAUUAUGUACAAACAAGAUUUUAUUAAUUUAAAAAAUCAAUUCGCUAAAGUAUCCUUACCGGUAAUUUAUGAAUCUUCGAUCAAUAAUAAAAAUGAUAAUGUGAUAAAAUGUGAUGCAUCACUUAUAAAAUCUAAAUAUGAUGAAUUCGGUGUGAAUGAUUUUGUUAUCGUUGACCAACCUUCUAAUAUCGCAUCAUUAAUUAAAAAUGGUGUAAAGCCUAGCAAUGUAGGAACCAUAAAAAAAGAUUACAUUCCUGCUUCUACUUUUAGUUAUGAUGUUAUUGAUGUUACUGGAAAUACCCUAACCCCUACUAUCACUUACCAUACUGAAAAUCAAAGUGAUUAUCCGUCAUCCUCGUUUGUUACUAACACUUCUUCUCUCUCUAAAAUUAUAAACUCACAAAAGUUAAUCACAUCUUUUGCAACUUCUAAUGGUAAUGCUACUAGUGUAAGUCAUAUUAUUGUAUCCUCAUUUUCCUCAAUGAAAACAUUAAAAAAUAAAGAUAGAGCAAUAAAGUUAACUACGGAUUUUGGUUUGUUUGGGCUAUUAGCUGGAGUUUUUUUGGCUUUUUUAUGA